AGUAGAUUGUAUUUUAGAAGCUCGACAACACUGCUUGAAUCUGUCACCUGACAUAAACAAUAACAUAACCUAAUUUAAUAUAAACCGUUUGCAUUUUCCCUCCAUGGACCCGUUAUUUUAAUGUUCGAUUACUCUUAAUUACUAUGGCAAAUGAAGAAAAAACUUUCUUGGUUCCGAAUGACAUAUGCAGGAGAGCGGGUCUAGGUGUCUCCUGGCGUCCCAUGAAUGAAAUAACCGUAUUCCCUUAUCAGCUUCGCACAUUCAGGCAAAAAGAUGCCCCCAGCCCGUUUGCUUCUGACAAACCUUCCUCUAUCUUCAAUAUUAGAAGAGAUGUGAUUCUGUUUCAUGCCAUUCUUCGGAAACUGGUAAAUGAGUCGAAUGGAACCUUUUUAGGCUUUCAAGCAUUUAUAUCUACCAAACCCACGGAUUUAAAGCCGGAAAUUGUAAAGGUCAGCAGACAAUAUAGGUCUAUUAUCAGGGCUUGUUUGGAGAAUUUACAAGAUGAAGUUACAAAAACCCAUAUAACAGCAAAAGAGAGAGAAGAACUGCACAGCUACAUAACAAUAUUUUAUUCAAUCGAGUGUAUUUGGCACAUCUGUGAGAUUCUUUUCAUAGAUAUGAUGCCUGGAAAUGUGGUUUUACCCCGUUUACUUGAUUGGGUCAGAUUUCAUUUUCCCAAACAUGAAAGAAAUGCCGCCACAUUAAUCUCGGGGGAUACAGAAGGCAUCGAGUUGGACGAAACCUAUUGGCCGACCAUAUUUGGGAAUUUACUGCAAGGAAGGAUAAAAAUUGUGAGGGCUUUAUUGAAACAACAUUCGGCAGCCAAUAGUAGUGUAUUCCAAAUGGUGUUGCAAUUGCUCAAGAGCAUGCCCACAUUCAAUGUGAUAAACAAUGUUUCUUUGAGUGAAUUUAAUCUUCAGUGGCGCCACUGGACCAUGGAUGUACAAAUGAAGAUCGAUGCCAAGCAGUUUAUUAGUAAUCGUAACUUGGACUUGCUGACAAGGCUUAUGGUGGGUGAGGAAGAAGCCUGGACCGAAAUGAUUCCCAAAUGUGAAGCCUGGUAUGAAUUUCUGGCCGGUUACCUCUUUUACACUGAGCCAAUGGUAAAAACGUUCGAACUGGGUCAAUAUGCUAAGCAGAGCAUUGCUAAAAUGCGAAUGAAACAUCAUUUGAAGCAUUUGGAUAGGGUUCUUUUGGCUGCCAUGGAGUUUGAUAUUUUUGAGGUUGUCAAAGAGAUCCAAGAAAUGACCGAAAAUGGAUGGUUCGUUACUCACCUCACAGAUCUGUUGUAUCAUGCAGGCAAACUGUCUUUAUUAGAAAAAGAUGUGGAAGGAUUUUCGGCUGAAAAUUUAAGGGAAUCUUUCUUAUUGGACUAUGGAACCACCCUUAUGGGGCACAAAAGUCUUUGGCAAGUCGGUCUCAGUUACCUGGAUAACUGUCCCAAUGACGGUUUGCCUGCCAUCGAACUACUUUUGCCUAGAAUUCCUUUUGAUUCUGAAGCUAAGGUGCAUAAACUGGUCCGGGAGGCUAAAAAUAGAAAUUUGAACCACGUCGCUCAGAGCAUAUGCAAAAUCCAGGGCCUGAGGUCGCUAAGAAGGGGCCGACUGGGCAACGCUUUAACUUGGGCCCUAAAAUCCCACGACGGCCCAUUUACUUCCUAUUUGGCCGAUAAAUAUUUGCAGGAAUAUAUUAAUAGUGGGGACCUGAAUAACACUGAUUUAUUGGAUAAUUUGGGAUCGUGCAUGUUGGCUAGUGAUCGGCUUAUUUUCUUGGGCAAAUACCAUGAAUUUCGCAAGCUUUACCAAGCAGGAGAGUAUAAAGAGUGCGGUUAUCUACUAGUUUCCCUUUUGGCAUCGAAAAUCGUCCCCAAAUAUUUCUGGUCGGUUCUCCUUAGCGAGGCUAUUCCUUUACUAGAAAGCGAGGAACUUGUAUUCUCUUCAAACGACACGUACCAAAUCCUGCACUGUUUGGAAGAAAAAGAAUCCAUUCCGGAACUGAGCGACCAAUUGGCCAUUAUAAGGUUAGCGACUGCAAGGAACUUAUCUAGGGCCUUAAUGUUCGAAGCACAAUUGACGAAUUAAUUAAGAGUUUGUUUAUGUUUUUUUUUUUAAAUACGAAAUAAAAGUGCGUUUACACAUU